UUAAUCUUAACAUCAAUCAAGCUAAUCAAUAAACAUGUCUGGUAGAUUCCCAACCCAAGCUCCUCCUAAGGAAGAAUCCACUUUCCAAAAGAUCAAAAGUACUCCUGCCUUCAUUGUUGGUACUCAAGCCGUCUUAUUCGGUCUCGGUGUUUUAUUCAUCCAAUCUCCAUUGAUGGAUAUGUUGGUUCCACAAUUAUAAGCAAAUAAGACGUCUAUUAAGGUGGCUACAUUUAGUUACUUUAAGCUGUAGUGUUUAUUAUUGGGGAUAGUUUAAUUAUGGGAUUCCUGUACAUAUUUUAAUACAAUAUUAUUCUUUGUGAAAAAUGCUUGCUAAGAUGUAGAGAUUUGGGAUUAUGAAUUAAUGACAGUGAAUACAAUUGAGAAACUAUAUACACUCUAGUAAUUGAUAGUAUUAAAGACAUAGUGUAAGUUCAUUAGGUAUGGUCGUAAGAUCACCAGCAGCUGGUGUACUCCGUCCUAAGUUAUGGUGUGAAAGGAAAUUAGACAUGCUGUCAAUUCUUCAUACUACAGUGUCAAACUAUUUAGGUAACAGAUUCAAUCGUAU